UUUUGCCAAGUGGAAUAACCUUGUAGACUCGUCAACAAUAAGCGUAACAUGUCUCUUGUUAAAAGUAUUAGAUCACAGGCGGAAUAUCAGGCAUUGCUUUCUCAGGCUGAUGCCAAGAAACUGAUCGUGGUGGAUUUCACAGCCAGUUGGUGCGGUCCUUGUCAGAUGAUCAAGCCUGUAUUUGCUGAGCUUAGCACGAAAUACAGACAUGUCACAUUUGCUCAAGUUGAUGUUGACGAAUUGCAAGAAGUAGCUGCAGCUGCUGGCGUGCAGGCGAUGCCCACCUUUCAGUUUUUCAAGGCUGGAUCAAAGAUUGGUGAAUUGAAGGGCGCAAACAAGAAUGGAUUAGAGCAGCUCAUCAAGCAAUUUCAAGGGCCCGCCGAUGAAUCCAACAAUGCCGCAGGACUCGGAGGCCACAGCGACCUGACCGAAUUUGUCACGAUCAACCAACUUGAGUGCCUCAACCAAUCUCACAACCACAAUGUGCGCAACAGCUUCAAAAAGGAUGACUCGUUUUUGGAAAGUGAUGUAGACGAGCAGCUCAUUAUCAGUGUGCCGUUCAACCAAGCGGUCAAGCUGCACUCAAUUAAGAUUGUGCCUGGUCCUUCAGGCCAAGCACCAAAGACUAUUAAAACGUUUGUGAACAGAGCUGCCAUUCUCUCAUUUGAUGAGGCGGAUUCCACAGACCCAGUCGAGACUAUUGAAAUUUCCGAAAAUGACUAUGAGACUGGGGCGGUGAUUCCCCUACGAUUUGUUAAAUACCAAAGCGUACACAAUCUGAAUAUUUUUGUGCAAGAUAAUUUAGGGGGAGAGGAAACCACCGUGAUCAAGCAGUUGAUUUUGUACGGAACACCUGUCGAAACGACAAAGAUGGGCGAUCUAAAAAAAGUUGGACACGAGCACGCAGGACCAUCCAAAUAAAGAAUGUGUCCAUUUCUUUUGUUCCGAUAGCCGGAUAUACAAAAAAAAAAUACUUUAGAUCAGUUUUUUGAGAGUGAA